AAAGAAUAGCUAAAUAUUUAAGCCCAACCCAAUUCCACAGAAGCUGCAACUCGUGCGCGCCAUAGGCCAGGGCCACUGCAGCAACAAAUAGAAGUCCAAUCACAAAUUGCCAAUGGCAGACUGCUUGUCCCACUUGACACUAUCGCCGUCGCAAAAAACAAUGGCUUCGCUAACCGGCGCCGCCUCUUCUCGUCUUCUCCCCGCCGCUUCUCGUGCUCGAAUCCAUCUCUCCUCACCUUCUUCUGCUUCUUCUUCUCGCUCUCCUUUAUCUCUAUCCUCCUCUUCCUCUUAUUCUAUUUCUCCUCUCAAAUGUCUCCGAUCAUCACCUUUUGUUCCUCAUUUCUUCUUAAAUCAGAAGCGAUCGUCGAUGAGUACGGUAGCUGCGGCGUCGGAUCCUGUUCAGCUGAAGAGUGCGAGAGAGGAUAUUAAAGAGCUUCUCAAGUCUAAAUUUUGCCAUCCUAUACUGGUUCGCCUGGGAUGGCAUGAUGCUGGUACAUAUAACAAGAACAUAGAGGAGUGGCCAAAGAGAGGUGGAGCCGAUGGUAGUAUCAGAUUUGAAGUUGAGUUGAAACAUGGAGCCAAUGCAGGCCUGGUGAAUGCAUUGAACCUUCUUCAGCCUAUCAAGGACAAGUACUCUGGUGUGACAUACGCAGAUUUGUUCCAAUUGGCCAGUGCUACUGCUAUAGAGGAAGCUGGGGGGCCCAAGAUUCCCAUGAAAUAUGGAAGGGUGGACGUUUCAGCACCUGAAGAUUGUCCUGAAGAGGGGAGGCUUCCUAGUGCUGGCCCUCCUAAACCUGCGGAUCAUUUACGAGAAGUUUUCUACAGAAUGGGUUUAAAUGACCAGGAAAUAGUUGCAUUAUCCGGUGCACACACCCUAGGAAGGUCCAGACCUGACCGCAGUGGCUGGGGAAAACCAGAGACAAAGUAUACGAAAAGUGGACCAGGAGCACCGGGAGGACAAUCCUGGACAGCAGAAUGGCUGAAGUUUGAUAACUCUUACUUCACGGAUAUCAAAGAAAGAAGGGAUGAGGAUCUACUUGUAUUACCAACUGAUGCUGUUAUCUUCGAAGAUUCUUCUUUCAAGGUAUAUGCUGAGAAAUAUGCUGCAGAUCAGGAAGCAUUUUUCAAGGAUUACGCUGAAGCCCAUGCGAAGCUCAGCAAUCUUGGAGCUAAAUUUGAUCCUCCUCAGGGUAUUGUGUUAGAUGGAGUUGCAGGAGAGAAAUUUGUGGCGGCCAAUUAGUCAUCUGAAAAGGAUUAAGAAACAAGUACCUGGUUAAGUAGUGCAGUACCUUUUAGUAACAUUGGAGAAGAAGCUGUUUGCAAUAUUAUGAAUACAUAUCUAAAACUUGGCAAUCCAAAUGAAGGAGAAAGGAAUAAAUUCAGUAUGUAUUGCCCAUUAGAAUUGCAGGGAGAACUGCAGAGAAUAUGAAGCAGAAAAUACGAGGGUGGAAGCCCAGAUAGACCUAUACCGUCUAACUAUUUUCUAAAUAUCAUGAUUAUGAUUGCUGUUUUAGCAUUUUUAACAUCCCUUCUUUGAAAUUACGUUUUUUUUUUUUUUUAUUGGAAGAUCAUUAAGAACUAGCACUGUUUUUUAGUGUGUAACCGUGCAUGCUAAUAUAGUGAGCAAAUGCCAACUCUUGUGCUUGUUGAAUGAUUAAUGGGUUUCUCC